ACUUGGUGCGCAGAAGGGGGCGGGCGAGGCAGAGAGCGUUUGCCUCACUUCAUCGCCUUGUCGGCGAAGGACAUAUCCAACGCUGGGGUAUUCUGAUGAAUAUUCUGUAGAACUGGGCUCUGUUUAUUUAUUAUUGGGCACUGAUUUAAUGACCAAAAUGUAUGUUAUUGUACUGGUCCAGCCAUAGACAACAAACCUAUAGGAUCCGGGUGCUUCGUAGAGCCAAGAGAUUCAUUCAGACUCGUUCUAUAGCGCAAGGUUUGCUUUGUUCAGUGGCUGCAUUCGACAGAAAUUGACAUAUAGCCUAUUGUCCAACAUGGACAAUUUGGAGAAAGGGAAUCGAUCAGACGAAGAUAUAGAAUCACCUGAAGAGGAAGAAGUGGACCCCAGAAUUCAGGGUGAACUAGAAAAGCUAAAUCAAUCCACAGAUGAUAUCAAUCGAUGUGAGACAGAACUGGAGGACGCAAGGCAGAAAUUCCGUUCCGUGCUCGUAGAAGCUACAGUGAAACUGGAAGAACUGGUUAAGAAGAUUGGCAAGGCAGUGGAGGAUUCCAAACCAUACUGGGAGGCUCGGCGUGUGGCCCGUCAGGCCCAGCUGGAGGCCCAGAGGGCUACACAGGACUUCCAGAGAGCCACAGAGGUGUUACGGGCUGCCAAGGAGACCAUCGCCCUAGCUGAGCAGCGGCUACUGGAGGAGGACAAGCGGCAGUUUGAUUCAGCCUGGCAGGAGAUGCUCAACCACGCCACCCAGAGGGUAAUGGAGGCAGAGCAGACUAAGACACGUAGUGAGCUCGUACACAAGGAGACAGCAGCCAAGUACAAUGCAGCCAUGAGCCGCAUGAAGCAACUGGAGAAGAAACUAAAGCGCACAAUCAACAAGUCCAAACCCUAUUUUGAACUGAAAGCAAAAUAUUACUUACAACUUGAGCAAUUGAAGAAGAAUGUGGAUGACUUACAAGCCAGGCUGACCCUGGCCAAGGGCGAAUACAAAACAGCGCUACGCAACCUGGAGAUGAUCUCCGAUGAGAUCCAUGAGCGCCGCCGCUCCUCAGCCAUGGGGCCGCGGGGGCGGGGAGUUGGUGCUGAGGGUGACAGCAGCUCUGGUGAUGACAUCACAAACUUCAAGAUGGAGUCUGACGGCAUCUCCAUGGCAUCGGAGUCCUUCGAGGAGGACAACUGCGGCAUCGCCAUGUCAGAGGAGGACUCAGAGACCCAGUCCACCUGCAGCUUGAGCUCUGAGAACGCCAGCCCUGUGGAUCUGCUCUGCCCCUUCCCCCCUUCCUCACCCUCUCCCUCCUCUUCCUCCUCCUCACCGUCUCCCUCACCCUCCUCCCGCCCCAGCAGCCUGGACCUGCCCAGUCCCAUUUCCUUGUCAGAUUUUGGCUUGAUCUCACCUGUCCUGGGGCCUAGGAGUGAGUGCAGUGGAGCUUCUUCACCCGACUGUGACCUGGAAAGAGGUGACCGGGCAGAAGGGGCAGAGAGUGAUCUGGACAACGUCCUCAACAACAACACCACCAACCAUAAGAAAAGCUUGGGACUGGACAGCCGCUUCGGACGUCUGUCCCUGAAGCGCACAAAGAUGGAUAGCGCCAAGAAUACCGAACGUGACCGAUUUAGCUUGGCCCGGCUACCUGCCCCCGCUAUGGUUCUAUUCAAUGGGGUGUGAGGACAGGGUGUAUCCUCCCCCCAUACCCCAUCCAUCCCCACCUCCCCAUCUGUGCCAACCAUCUCUCAUCUCCCCCACUGAUAAGCUCAACCUGACGGUCAUACAUGUGCAUCACAAGUGACCACAACCACAAAUGUUACUGCAAAUCAUUUCUGAUGAUGCUGCUUAGAGAUGUGAUGUGAGCCCUCUUGUUUUAAUAUAAGGGCACAUGCUGGUCACCUUUUCCCUAUUAGGUAGUGGUCAUUCAGGACAGGACGGGGUGCAGUGUUCAUCGGAACAGUGUGGUGUUGACUGUUAUUGACUUGAUCCCCAUAUCCCUCACCCCCAUGACUGGCUUUCCCCUCCUACACCUUCUAGAGAGCUGUCUAGAGAGCAGGAUAACCCAAACACCCCAUGUCCACUGUGCAGGGACAUUCACAUUGUGAUAUGUUCAGGCUUUCGGUUUUUCAAUUAAUUUAGCUCACUGAGGUAUAAAGCUUAAAAUAUGUAAACAUCAUUGACUUCAGUGCUAUCAGAGAUGCACCUCCUGCAAAACUCUAGUCCACCAUCUCUGAACCUGUCAACGGCCUGUUUUCCUGGAGCUAACUGUAGAUCAGGUUGUUGUAUAUCAGUCUACAGGCUUGGUUUAGCUUAGUUGCAUGGUCACACUGCAGUUUACAUCACAGAAGGACCUGUAGUGCAUAGGCUGAUGAAUCAUACAUGUAGGUGCUACAGCCACUAUCCAAUGCUUCAUGAAGGGAAACACAGACCACCAGCUCAGGAGGCAGAGGAAGACCCAUUACCAUCCAAACCAUAAACUCCAUCCCCAAGAAGUCCUCUUAGCCAGAAAACAUAUUUCCAAAAUUCACCACUGCCAAAACAUGUAUGACAUGAUUUAAGGGGCUCUAAAAUCACCUGGUUGAGAUCUUAAUUACAGUCAGCGUGUAACAGCGUAACAGAGCGUUGGGUGAUUUCUGAUAGCCCCGCCCCCUUCUUCCAACCAUCUCUCUUUGAUCCAGCUCAGUGCUCCUUUCCGGGUCAGUGCAUUAUGUUACGUUGUCACCUGCAGGGCACACAGAAUAAAUGAGCUUCCAGAUGCUGUGAGACAGCACACCUCUCUCCUCAUCUGUCUCCCUUUCACCACUGUUCAUGGCACUGAACGAAGGGAGCCUCCAGCUCUUCAAAAACAUAAAAAGCAAUAUUCAAGAAUGGAAUUCUUAUUUUCCAGAUAUCACAGGGAUGUUUGGACACCCAGAGAGUCCAUGGCAAUGCUUGGAAGUGACCUCUGUGAUGUGCCAGAAUCUUGUAGCAUCAGUGGGUGGGUGUAAAACACCCAGUCAGAGAAGUGCUUUGGUGAAAAACUGACCCAACAAGCUAACAGUAUGCAUCAGACAAUUUUAAAAUAGAGUGUGUUGAUGACCAGGAAGUGGAAAACUACACCUCCACCUUGAUCGACUUCCUCCAUGCUGUUAAUGCUGUUGUCAGACAUUGUGAUUCACAGCAACCGCUUCGCCUUGAACUGUUGUUCCGGUCUCCUGGAUGUCUGAUCUCUAGUAUCGUGUUUAACUCUGUGUGUGCAUCACAUUGUACAGUUAAACCAGUGUGUAUCUCUUGCUGUGCUACUCGUGUGUUAUCAAAAGAGAAUCAAAGAGGGGAAAAAUUCCUCUCAGAACAGCUUUUUUCCAGUGUUUCCUUAUGGUGUCUGAUCAGGUACUUCCCGCAACUAGUGUACCCAUUUUCUGAGUAAAUAAAUAAAUAUUCACCACAA